GGCUGUCAAGUCAUUUUAGCUUACCCCUCAGUUGGAUAUAUACAAAUGUGAAACAACAAAAAAUUUUUAUAUUUAUCAAGAUUUUAGUUUACAAGUAAAAACUAUAUUCUGCAUUAACAAAACAAUACGUUUUGUUGAUGAAAUUAGCACACGAGCACCUUGUUUCGCAUAGCAAGUUGUGCUAUUUUUUUUUGGCGGUAAGUUUUUCAUUGCAAAAGAAAGAACAGGAUAUUUAGGGAAAUUCAGAGAAUGGUGCGACCAAAUCGACGUAAGGGCAUUGAAGAGGUCUAUGGCACCAAAUUGGAGGCCAUGCAAACCAGCCGACCGCAGACAAUUCCCCAACCGGGCAUGACAAAGACGGCAACAAUGCGUGUCGCUUCCUCGCGUCAAGGAGACGCUCGCACCCAGCGUAGUUAUGUCACAGCCAAUGAUUACUAUAUUACAACGAAUGUGCCACUGAAUGCCACCAACAUGAGGGCUGCAAACAGCAGCAUUGUGGCACAGCCAUCUAAGACGUCACACAUGCCGGUACAGAUGCAGGUGGCAUCCACACAGGCCAUGUCAUAUGGUUCAGUGUCGAACCGACGAAGCAAACAGAGUGCUCGCCAGCCGAUACAGAGCCAGCCGCAGAAGGUUCACUUUGUGGCAUCGGAUAACAACAACAACAACCACAACAACAAGGGACUUGGCCAUAUGCAUCCCCAUGGUCACAAUCAUCCACAUGCCAAGCAAAUGCCUAUGCAAAUGACACAGCGAAACGCCUAUGCACAGAGCAUGGAAAUGGAAACCAAUGUGGCCGAACUCUCAGACAAGGAUCUAAUGAUCUCAACGAGCAAUCUUAAUGCUCGUCGGCCACAUACGCAUUCCCAUCAGAGCCAGCCGCAUCCACAUCCACAUCCGUUGCAGCAUCAGUUGCAUCAACAGCAGCAGUUAAAUAAUCCGAUCAACACAAACAACACCAAUAAUUUGCAUCACAUGCAUCAUUCGCAACAGCAGCAUCAGAAUCCGAAGCAGCAUCAACAACAACAGCAGCAGCAACAACAUCAAAAACAUCAGCAACAUCAGCAACAUCCGCCACAUCAGCAACAUCAGCGUCAAAAUCAGCAACAUCGUGGAAUGCAUUUGUCAGCUGUAGCCGAGGAGGAGGAAAAGGAUGAUGAUCCCGAAGAGUUUUUUGAGCUUAUACGCCAGACUGUAAAGACUGCAGUUGGAACAACCAUUUGUGAUGUGGUCAGUCGCAAUUUUCACGAUUUGUCUAGCAAAAUGGAACGCUUUUCGAAUGAACUCAAGGUGACUAAUGAUCUAUUUUGUAAACUGCACGAAGAAGUUACCAACAAGGUCAUGCACUAUGGGGAAGAGAACACCCGUCAUUUUCGAUAUCUGUGCAUGAAGUCCGAAUACGACAAAAUGUUCUAUCAGCAUCAGACGAUGAUAACCAGCAAAAACUCCUCUAACAAAGUGGCCGCUGCAUCACAGGCGAAUCUUACACCUGCUGCAGUGCCCACCAGGGUUGCUAAGCAGUCAGCUGCAUUGAAUCAGAAGAGUGUUAAGCAACAGCUGGCAGCUGGAAAGUUGGGCCAAGGCAAUCUGAAGAAAUUAACCAGAGAAUGUGUCAAAGCGCAGAAUCCUUGUGCAUGUCGCAGUACUUCAAAGUCACCACCCCAACCGCAGAUGGAGGAGCAACAGUCGUCAUCGGAGCAGAGCGUCAAUGUUAAGUCCUCGGAGCUGGGCGUACGUGAAGUGUUGGGGCAAAUACAACGCUUUUGCACACAAAUGCAGCUGAGCGAUCUUAAGGAUGAGCAGCCAAAAUACAACUCAAUGACUGGCAUAUCCAACAUUGAAAUUAGCAAAAUCACAAGCUCGGGUUCAGGAACUUUGGCUGGUGAUCCGACCGUCAAAGAGGCCAAGGGAAAAUCCCAUAUUAAUUUAGCAACUGCUGGUGGUGAUGCCCUCGAGGCUGAGAAUGAGACACCAGUUGAUAGCAUGGACGAGAUCGAGAUUGAUAACUUUCAAUAUAGCUCCGAUGAGAUGUCCUCGUACAGUGAUGACAGUGAUGUCAAAUUUAGCGGUACCACCACAGCGCGAGCUCCACUCCAUCAGCCAUCCAGGCCCAAAACUUCCAUUCAGCAUUCCAACAAAGGCGCCGGUGAUGGACAGUAGAGUCUGCUAUUAAACCAAACUAACCAAUUACAAAUUCUAAACACAAAACAGCACAACAAUCCAACUGAAUAAUUUAGUAAAAAGAUUGAGUUACGGUUUAGUUUAUUUGGAUCGCGCAAAAUUUAAACGAUGAGUGCCAAAUGCAGAGGGCAAAGAAUGGAUACAAGCAUAGGUACAACAAAAAUAUGUUUGGAUAUUUUUACCUCAAGAAAUUUGUUUCAUGCGUGUUAAUUUUAUUGAAAUGGAAAAACUAUGUAAAAUAUAAUCAUAAUCAUAACAUUAAAAAAAUUAAA